AGCUUCACGGAUGUGGGCGCAGAGGAGCUUGUUGCGGCUCGGCGGCAGAUCUGUGCUCCGCUGCUCCGUCGCCUGCGCCGUGUUUUCGGUUUAACUCCUCACAUCUGUCGUCUGGACCGCGCGGAACUCGAGCCCGUUCGUGCCGAACCGUGCCAUGGAGACCUGACGAGUCGGGUCUGGACGAGGUGAAGAUGCCUCAUGGACCGCUCCAUCACCACCGCCACCUCAGCCUCCACCAGCAGCAGAACCAGCACCAGCACCAGCACCAGCGCCCGCGCGCCACUUCAGGGCUUCCCGAACCCCGAAUAACGGAGCGAUGCCGAGGUUCGGCGUCAGGUGGAUGGUCGCGGCGGUGCUGAUUCUCGUCGUCGGUGGCGCUUUUUUCUUCUGCGAGUAUCUCAUCUACUUCCCGACCAUCUUCAAGUGCGCGUGGCCGAAGAUCAGCCGUGCCCGCGGCGGCGAGGACGUCGACGGCCAGCCGAUGGACUCCACGGUCCGCGCCAUGGUGCUGUCGGACACGCACCUCCUGGGAGCCGUCGGAGGACACUGGUUCGACAAGCUGAGGAGGGAAUGGCAGAUGGAGCGCGCGUUCCAGACCGCGCUGUGGCUGCUCAGGCCCGAAAUAGUGUUUAUUCUCGGGGACAUCUUCGACGAAGGCAAGUGGAGCUCGCAGAAGCACUGGGAGGACGACGUGCGCCGCUUCCACCGGAUGUUCAGGCACUCCCCCGACACGGAGCUGGUGGUGCUGGUCGGCAACCACGACAUCGGCUUCCAUUACGAGAUGGACUGGUUCAAGCUGCAGCGCUUCGAGAAGGUGUUCAACGCCUCCUCCACCAGGAUCGUCAGCACCAAGGGAGUGAACUUCCUGCUGGUGAACAGCGUGGCGCUGCACGGCGACGGCUGUCCCAUCUGCCAGUCGGUGGAGAAGGAGCUCAUCAAACUGUCCAGGGACCUCAACUGUUCGCUUCAGAACCCGCAGAACCCGCAGCCCGGCGGCGGCGCGGCGGACGGCUGUGAAGGCGCGCAGCUCUACCCCCCCACGCCCCCCAUCAUGCUGCAGCACUAUCCUCUGUACAGGGUGAGCGACGCCGGCUGCACGGGGCGGGACGCGGCGCCGCCGGGAGAGCGCCACCUGCUGUUCAGAGAGAAGUACGACGUGCUGUCCAAGGAGGCCUCGCAGCGGCUGCUGCAGUGGUUCAAGCCGCGCCUCGUCCUCAGCGGACACACGCACAGCGGCUGCGAGGUGCUCCACGACAACCGGUACCCGGAGGUGAGCGUGCCGUCGUUCAGCUGGAGGAACCGGAACAACCCCAGCAUCAUCCUGGCGUCGGUGUCGCCCAGCAGCUACGCUCUGUCCAAGUGCUUCCUGCCGGAGGAGAGCACGGUGAUCGGCGUGUACUGCUCGGCCGGCGCCUGCCUGCUGCUGCUGGUUCUGGCCCACUGCCUGUGGAUGAAGGGCCUGCUGCAGUGCCUCAGCCUCUGCCUGCUGGGGAAGCACAAGUCCCUGUGAGCCGCGGCGCCCAGCGUGCACCGGGACGGAGCCGCGGCGCGAGCCUCGGCAGAUGCUGCCGGCGUUCGGCCUCUGAACCCGAGCGAAUCUGUUCGUACACUUUUUGAUUUGUCUGUCGAAAUGUUUUGCAGCACUGUGACGAACAUAGUUUAUGUCUUUGAGAGACUCAGUUAAUGACGAGGCAUCUGCAGACACAGGGCCACAUUGUUGACACUAACCACCAGUGGUGUUUGUUUCACCUUCCUUGGACGUAGCAGGCGGGUGGAGCUUGUUGCUUCAGGAGAAUGUUGUUUCCUGAGCCCGACUUCACAACACUUCACCUGUCUGAGUUAUUGAAGCGCACACACGAGGCAUUAAGACAAAUCACACGCAUCUGUGGUGUAAAUGCGACCUCCGGUCUGAGUGGAGGUCAGACGCGCGUCGGUGCUUCACGUCUCCUCACUCUGAUGUUUAACUGUGACCUGGUGUAAACACAUGGAUCAUCUCACUCAGUCUCGUUUCCAUUGUUGAAGUCAGAUCCAGGUUCUCCUGGUUUUUAUGAUGCAUAUCUGAAUAUAUUUAUUGCUGACUCUCUGUGCCAAAUGUUUGUGAGGGUUUUUGCCAAAUUGUUGAAGCGUUUCUGAUGAACUGUACAUAAUAAAGCUGAAUCUGAA